AUGGCCACCGAGAUUGAUACCUCGCUGACGCGCAAAUUAUACUAUGCCUUUCCUCCUGCUGUUGCGGGCUUUGCCUACGGUUGGGAAAAUGCUUCUAUGAGUGGUAUUCUUACCAUGACUCAGUUUUUGGAUUAUUUCGGUACCCCAUCUGCCUUUCGCCAGGGUGUUAUGACUGCGGCCUUGCUGGCCGGUGAAUUUGGUGGUUCUUUAUUGAUCGGAUUCUUGAUCUCGGAUCGUUUUGGUCGCCGCAUCACCAUCUUGUUCUGUGUGAUUGUUUAUCUGAUUGGUCAGGCUAUCAUUGUCGCCGCGCAGGAUCAGCAAAUGUUUAUUGCUGGCCGAGUGGUCAAUGGCUUGGGUGCUGGUGGUUUGUUUCAAACAAUCUCAUUGUAUACUGCUGAAAUCACACCGCCACAGAUCCGUGGUAUGAUGACUUCGAUGAUGAGCUUGGGUAUUGCGAUGGGACUGCUAGUUGCAUACUGGGUCCAGUAUGGCGCGGCCAAUAUCGAAGGCAACGCUGCCUGGCGCAUGUGCUUCAGUCUCCAACUGGUACCAGGCGCUAUCGUCGGAGCCAUCAUGCUGUUCCGGCCCGAGUCACCACGUUGGUUAUUCCGACACGAUCGGGCCGAAGAAGCCUUGCAGGUCUUGGCUAAGCUUCAUGCCAAGGGAGACCAGAAUGCACCCGUCGUGCAGUCCGAGUUUGAAGAAAUCCGUGUCGUCGUCGAAUACGAGCGAGGCACACCUGCACCUUCCUACCUUGCGCUGCUGGUCAGCAAGCAAUAUCGUCGCCGCACCGCAUUGGCAAUGGGUCUCCAAUUCAUGCAGCAGAUCACCGGUGUCAACAUCAUUUUAUACUACGCCGCCAAGGUGUUUGCGCAAACUGGGCAAACAGGAACCAAGGCCGCAUUGCUGUCCAACGGCAUUGAAUCCGCCCUGUUCCUCGUCGCUUCAUUCUCUCUCACCCUUCUCAUGGAUGUCUACGGCCGUCGCAAGCCACUAAUCAUUGGUCCCAUUCUAAUGGGAAUCUGCAUGAUCAUCGUCGCAUCCAUGCUCGUCGGCUUCGGCGCCCCGUACUUCGAUGCCGCAACCCAAGAGAUGAAAUUUAAUUUCGCAGAUGGUGCAGCUGGUAACACUGCUGUCGCAUUCAUGUUCCUUUACAUGGUAACAUUUGGUGCAAGCAUGGCUUCUCUCCCGUGGACCUACCAGAAUGAAGUCUUCCCAAUCAACGCGCGUGGCCGCGGAACUGCACUUUCAACCUCCGUGAACUGGUUCGUCAAUUUCUGGCUGGGACUAUACAUGCCUACCGCCCUGAAUGAGGGAUCAUGGAAGGUUUACUAUGUUUUUGGUGGGAUUAAUAUCGGCAUCUCGUUUGUGGUGUACUUUUUCUUCCCAGAGACUUCGCGCCGGACGCUGGAGGAGCUGGAUUUGCUCUUCACGCCUAAUCGUACUAGCUUGGUCUUCUUAGAUAAGGAAGCUUGUCGGAAAGGAUCUCUUCUGAAGCAUGGGUUGGAGUCUGGGGCUGACGCUGCUAAGGCCUUGGAAUCAGCACUUGUACUUGGGGCUAUUGAGGGGGGUGAUGAUAAGGAGAAGAACUUGGCUUUGCACGAUGAGUAUAUGAACUGA